AUGCAAUACAGCAUCAUUGUAGCCAAGUACAGCACCCUGGUACCACAGUACAACACCCUGGUACCCCAGUACAGCACCCUGGUACCCCAGUACAGCACCCUGGUACCCCAGUACAACAUCCUGGUACCCCAGUACAGCACCCUGGUACCCCAGUACAGCACCCUGGUACCACAGUACAACACCCUGGUACCCCAGUACAGCACCCUGGUACCCCAGUACAACAUCCUGGUACCCCAGUACAACAUCCUGGUACCCCAGUACAGCACCCUGGUACCACAGUACAACACCCUGGUACCCCAGUACAGCACCCUGGUACCACAGUACAACAUCCUGGUACCACAGUACAGCACCCUGGUACCACAGUACAACACCCUGGUACCCCAGUACAGCACCCUGGUACCCCAGUACAACAUCCUGGUACCCCAGUACAACAUCCUGGUACCCCAGUACAGCACCCUGGUACCACAGUACAACACCCUGGUACCACAGUACAACACCCUGGUACCACAGUACAACACCCUGGUACCUAAGUACAACACCCUGGUACCCCAGUACAACACCCUGGUACCCCAGUACAACAUCCUGGUACCCCAGUACAGUGCCCUGGUACCCCAGUACAACACCCUGGUACCACAGUACAAGCACCCUGGUACCACAGUACAACACCCUGGUACCACAGUACAGCACCCUGGUACCACAGUACAACACACUGGUACCCCAGUACAGCACCCUGGUACCCCAGUACAACACCCUGGUACCCAAUUACAGUGCCCUGGGACCCCAGUACAACACCCUGGUACCCCAGUACAACACCCUGGUACCACAGUACAACACCCUGGUACCCCAGUACAGCGCCCUGGUACCCCAGUACAACACCCUGGUACCACAGUACAACAACCUGGUACCCCAGUACAGCGCCCUGGUACCCCAGUACAGCACCCUGGGACCCCAGUACAACACCCUGGUACCCCAGUACAACAACCUGGUACCCCAGUACAGCACCCUGGUACCACAGUACAACACCCUGGUACCCCAGUACAGCACCCUGGUACCACAGUACAACACCCUGGUACCCCAGUACAACACCCUGGUACCCCAGUACAGCACCCUGGUACCCCAGUACAGCACCCUGGUACCCCAGUACAACACCCUGGUACCCCAGUACAACACCCUGGUACCCCAGUACAGCACCCUGGUACCACAGUACAACACCCUGGUACCACAGUACAGCGCCCUGGUACCCCCGUACAACACCCUCGGACCCCAGUACAACACCCUGGUACCCCAGUACAACAACCUGGUACCCCAGUACAGCACCCUGGUACCCCAGUACAGCACCCUGGUACCCCAGUACAACAACCUGGUACCCCAGUACAACACCCUGGGACCCCAGUACAACACCCUGGUACCCCAGUACAACAACCUGGUACCCCAGUACAGCAACCUGGUACCCCAGUACAACACCCUGGUACCCAAGUACAGUGCCCUGGGACCCCAGUACAACACCCUGGUACCCCAGUACAACACCCUGGUACCCUAGUACAGCACCCUGGUACCCCAGUACAGCGCCCUGGUACCCCAGUACAGCGCCCUGGGACCCCAGUACAACACCCUGGUACCCCAGUACAACAACCUGGUACCCCAGUACAGCACCCUGGUACCCCAGUACAAGCACCCUGGUACCCCAGUACAGCACCCUGGUACCCCAGUACAACACCCUGGUACCCCAGUACAGCGCCCUGGUACCACAGUACAGCACCCUGGUACCCCAGUACAACACCCUGGUACCCCAGUACAGCAAUGAAAUAUGUCGUACAUUGUACAUGUAGUUAUUAAUUUAAAUCUAAGUAUGUUUCCAAGUUGUAAUGAUAUUUAAAUUGAUACAAUCAUGUGUAACAUGAAAUUGACAAUAAAGAGAAAGGUAAUGUUUUAAAGUCAAUAGCAUUGUUUAUUUUACUUAUUGUUUCCAUAUACACAGCUGAAGUUAAAUGUGUGUUACUAAAACUGAUAAGUAUAUAAUUAUCUUAAAACAAUUUGAUAAUUAAUUUAGAAUUAAGUCAUUUUUAUGUAAUUCCACAUCUCUAAAUUACCAUUUGAUAAUCAUGUUCAUAUAAUUUAUUACUAAAUAAUUUGGCUUCAAUAGUUUAUAACUAUAAUUAUGCUAUUAAGCAAGUGAUUAUUUACUUUUAUAUCAUCAUGAUACCACAUUUCUAGUCAUAAGAUGUUCUUAAAAUAAUGUAUGGAAUAAGUAUGUGGAUUAGGCAUUAAUAGGUUAAAAUGUCAAAGGUCACAUUUGACCCCUCCUGACUGGGACACAAUGUGUCCUGUCCUGAUCAGAAUAAACAUCAUAACCAAUCCACCCACCAGUUUAUUGUAAUUGUAGUGAUCUAUGUUUCCAUAUCACUAUUAGUUUAUGGCAGCCAGGUAGAUAUCCAUUUCCUUUUCACUUCCUAUAAAUGGUUACCAUAGAGAUAUCAAUAACCACUAUUUGAAUAUUUGCCUCUAUUUUAUAAAGUAGAAAACCAUAUGCUUGUAGUAAUAGUCACAGAAGUCUGUAGAUAUUUUUGCUUCUUCAGCCAGUACUCAGAAAAAUGAAAUAUUUGAUAUUUUAACAAUUUAAACAUUUUGUAGCAGCUACCAUAUAUUUCUAUUUUUAGGUAUUAAGUAUUUAAGUAUUCUCAUGAAUUGUGACUUAGAAUUAAAAAAUUAUAUAAUGAAUAUAUUUAAGCUGGCCUAUUCCUUGAAGAAUAACGCUAAUCUAUAAUAUUGUCACUGCACACACUGUGAGAAUGGUCCGUGUCUUGUAUUUUACUCGAAGAGUUUUCGUAUAAAUCUUGUGUCCACUUUGCCAUUAACUAGGAUAGUUUUUAGUGUGAAUCAAGGUUAUAUUUUAAGUAUAGGUUAUUUUGAUUAUCCACAUGUUGUGUGAAAUCUAAAUCAUGUAAAUUAGUUUGAUAAACACAUUAAAGGUUGUCUUUAACAGCAGUAUGUUGUACAUUAUUUCUGUUACAUGCCUUGUAGGAAUUCCAUUUUAACCACAGGGACUUGUCGCUUAUAUUCCUGACUCAUUUUGUAUGAAAAAUAUAUUUGUCAUAAACUUAGGAUUUUAUACCAAACCCCUGUGAUUUUAAUUUCAAUUUUAGUAUUUUAAAGAAUUAAUAAAUGUUUGCCUGGAGUAGAAUACAUGUACAUGUAUAUGUUAACAGUCAUAGGUAAAUAUACAUAUGUGUACCAUUGGUGAGAUUUUUUUUAUAUCCUUCUCAAAUGAGGACGAAUGUGUCUAUUUUUUGAAUUGUAAAUAGCAUACUAAUGUAAUGUGUUAUGAGGUCUAAUGUAUGGUUUUGAUAACCUUGACAAUCCAUUAAUAGCAUGAGAAUGUCUGAGUAUCCCUAAUGUAGACUGUAAUAUCUAUACAAUGAUUUUACCUAACACAUGAGAUAUGUAACCCCCGGACGACAUUUAUUUAUAGAUAUGUCCUCAUUCUUCCUUAGUAUCUGUGAUAGAGCUACCUUGUCAUUAGGUGUUGUAUGUCUGGAUAUGUGUAUUUUGUGUGAUGGUAUUACAGUGACAGUCCAAUGUAUAAACAUACAGAUUGGUUGAUUUAUACAUGUAAGCAUUUGUGAUAUCAUAUAAGUCAUAGUAUUAAUACACAUAUUCGAAUUUGACGGAUAUUAAAUGUGUACUUGAAGAUUAACUUCCUGUAUCAGCAGUUAAUUCAGAAGAUGUGACUGACAUUGGCAGUUUGAUUGACAUUUUAAAUAAGUGUUUUUCGAUAGUGGCUAUAUAAAAAAAUGCAAAUAUAUUUACACUUUGGAAAAUAUAAACACAGAUGAAAAGAUACAUGUAAAUUAGUUGGUGCUUUAUUGUAUGAAAUGUGUGUUAUAUCGUCUUUAUAUUGUGAUACAGAAACGGAGUUGUUUCCCUUCCGUUGAAAAAAACACAUAGAAAAAAACACAUAGAAACAGAGUUAUUCCCCUUCCGUUCAAAAACACCGUAGAAACAGAGUUAUAUUCCCCUUUAGAUGGAAAAAAACACAUGAUUUAAAAUUUUCAACGUGGGUGCAUACGGUUACAAUUAAAGUUUUUAUGCAUAUUGACGAUUCGGUCUGUGAUAGGCUAACUAAGAAAAGUUGUAUACUACAACAGUAGGUCAGAUUAGGUUUUGUGUUCUACAUCAAUACAGUGUGUUUUUAAGGUCAUACACAUUACAUCACGGUCAUAUAAAUUGUAUCAAGAGGGCCACGAGAAUUCCUAUGUACAAUUUUUGUAGUUGUCAUAGACAAAACGGUUACGAAACUCUAUAGCACUCUUCAGUGUCAUCACCUGCAUAUUUUAAUAUACGUACACAGGUUUAGAAGAAAAUAAUAAAUGGGAUUUUCACUAAUCAAUCGAUCAAAUCACCUUCUGAGCAACUUGACCCUGUUUUGUAUGGGUUAAAUUAAAAACUAACAAAGAUAUGAAUAUAAGUAACAUUUGAAAUUAAUAUAUUUAACGUUCGCAUUGGAAAUAUACCAAUUUAUGAUAUAUUUGAUAUAUUCGGAAAGAUAAAAAUGUUUCAUGUAGAAAUAUUUAUUUGGUCACAAUAAUAACUCCACAAGUCAUAUAAACUGAAUGGGGCGACCACGCCGCGGACUGUACAACACACAAGUAAUGUACAGCAAAGUAUUGUGUAAUUACUCGGCCACAAACCGCUAUCCCUUAGCUGAUCAAAAUGUCAAUCAUUUCCGAAAACUAUGUGUAUUACUCUGCCGUGCACCUGCACGUGCAACGCGAACUAAAAACAGCACCCCCUAUUGGCAAGCAUUAGACAGGAGAAAUGAAUUCAUUCUAACUCGCCUCCUCAAACGUUCCCCGUACAGCAUGUGUGUUGUUAGAGUUGACUGUUGUUAAACGUGUAAGCCAAACCGUUUUACAAUUAUCAGUUCUUUAUAUAUAGCUAUAUACGGCUGAUUGGUUAAUAAUUUGUUGAUUUAUUAAGGAAAUCUAUAAAACAUUUAGUAAAUAUUGUUAUGGGUAUGUUAACACUUGAAGGAAGCGUAUUUGAUGUUCUUGUGUGACAUUUAUAAUAUAAUUCGUUUGAUGACUUUCCGUAUCACAUUACUAAAUGACGUUGGUCUCUAAUUCCUGGAAGUCAAGAUCUACAUAAUUCUAGUGGCCUGUGUGAAUAUACUGAAUUAUACCUCACGUCUUUAUUUCUGUGACAUAUUAAUUUUGUAUAUGUUGACAUCUAUAGUAAUAUUGUGUGAUCCAUUGCAUCAUAUGACAAUAUCUGCGAUCUCCCUGAUGGCUUACAUUGACAUUUUGAUAACACGCUAAAGUUUAUUGGCUCCACAUCCUCACAAUGUAGUUUGUGUCGUAACAGUAUAACAUCGUUUGAUCACGUGACACUACCGGUAUUGUGACGUCACCUAUCUUAUCAAGACAUCAUACAGAACAUUACAGAGAAGAUGACGAUAAAAGAGGACAAUAACAAAGGGUUACUACAAUAUGUACGUUAUACUAUAUUUAAUUUAGAUAAAUUAUGACUAAUGAAUGUUUCAGCAAAGUGUGUUAUGGCCCUAUAACACGCAUUGCUGUUAAACUAACAUUAAGUUCCUGUUCUUAUUCUGAGGAACUCCAUAUUUUGACCACGGGAAUUUUGAAUUUCUAUCAAUAAGUAAUGAAUAUACAAUUUAAGACAGCAGCACUCGUACAUAAAAAUUAUAGAACGUUCUAUUCCUGUUAUUUAACCUCCACUACAAGUGCCGUAGAUAGAGGAGAACAUUUCCUAACCCUACCGGGCUUUGUUAUCUUUGUAUCAGUAGCAAUUGCGUGAUAAAGGACCAUAACACCAUUUGCAAAAAUCAUCCAUAGCCUAAGUGCAAGUACAGUUGUUGACCUGCGUGACUUAUCUGGUAUUUGUCUAUAAGGUUUGAUGGCGUUAUAUAAUAUACCUCGUGGAGAAUAGGACAGCGAUUACACUAGAGCAGUCGUAAUGACAACUAAUAUAUACAUAUAUCAGGGGAUCCCAUGUUGAAGUCCCCUGAACAGCCAAGUUGAUAAUUUCCUGGUAUUCUUGGAAUUUAUGCUGCGUACUUCUUUAUCGAAAAUUUUAAUGUAAUUAAUCUAAAUAGUUUCUUUUGCAAUUAUUGAUUUUAAGACACGGUUGGAAAGUAUGUUUUAAAAUGAUAACGCAUUCUAUUUGAUGUAGAGCCACUUUUUGACAAAGCCUGUCUGACAAAUUGACGACAUGAUAUCUCAUUGUAUGGUGUGUAUGUGGCUAUCUUUAUGAUUUUGUGAAAAAAUAAAGCAUCAAAAUGAA